AAACAAACCCAUUCAUGACCAACAGUAUUUAUGGGGCACUGCAUUUAUUUGGGAAAAUUAACCUGCGUGCAUGGUACUUGGUUAUGCAAGCAUUUUACAGUUGAAGGAACAACAGGAGGGAUAAUGUUAUGAAAAUAAUGCAGUAAAGAUCAUAAAUAAAGAUCGGGAUAGGACAACAAAGGGAAAAGAAGAAAAGGUAUAGAAUAAUUACCACUAUUGUGCUUGUCCCAGCAACAUGUACAAAUGAAGUGACCGCGUGGAAAAACAGCCAGUGAUCCGUUGCUGGCAGUGUUACAACAGUGUUACAAGGGAAAGAAGAGAGGAAAUUAAGGGUAAAGAUGCCACGUUAUCGAUUCUUGCUAGGAGAUUUACCGAUGUUUGAAUACCAAGUACCAGGCAAGUUUUUCUGCAAAUAGCGAUAGUCCCACAGGUACGACCAUCAAAUAAAACGACGAAGUUUAUUGACAUAGCACUGAAUACGAUGCUAAGCCGACCCCAGCUACUUGAAAGAGAUUGAUCCCGAUCAUCACCAUAACAACGUUUACAUAGUCUACCUGAAUUCACGACAGGAAGAAUACAGGUGCUCGUUUGUGUUCGGAACCAGUGUCUGUAGCACGUAUUGAUUAUGGAAACGACAUUCCGUUCUGGAUUUGUUCGGUCUAUUUUAAUAAAACUGCUAGGUGAUAACACAGAUGCACAGUUGUAUAAAGGAGUGUGACAUUUCCAGCGUAUUUCAGUCAUACUCUAGUCGCUGUCUUGUAAGGUGAAUAUAUACCAAAACAGGGGUUAUCAAAGCGAAUUCCUCCAACAUGAGUUCUAUGUACAUCCGCAUUCAAAAAGACACUCCGUCGUCUAAAAUGUAUGGCUUUCAAAAACUUCACUGGGACGACAUCAAGAUGAUAACGAGUAGGAUGCAAAAGCACACCUUUAACUCCAGAUUAGGACUGAAUGAAAUGGCGCAGUGCAAAGCAACACAGGGUAGGCCCUCACACUCAUCUCCAUCGCCAGUAACUUGCGAUCGGCAGAGGAAAGUGAAACACCGGCACGCAGGGUCUCACAGUGGAGGCGACUACUGGCAAGGAUACCAAUUACAACAUUACGACUCGGACCAGGAAGAUGACGAUUCCAACCUUCACAGCGACCAAAUGACGCAAAACUCGUUGCACUCUCCCCCAAGCGCAUCAUCUUUUACCAACAGGAAAAUGUCAAAAAAGAACAUAGACCGGAUAGUUAAUCGCCUGUACUCAACCCCGACUUUGAGCAGUGCUCUCGCUGCUUCGGGUGUGGGUUAUUACUGUGACGUGACUAACAUGGACCCAGUGGCAAAGUAUGCAAUAACCAAACCACGCCCAAAGUCAGCCCCUGUGCCCAGUGGAAGUGCAGGUACACUGCUCUUCCAGCGCCCCACGACAGCUUACAGAGGAAAGCAAGUAGGAUCCUGUCAGUUUUGCGAUGACGACAAAACUGACAAAUCCGUUUUUGAAAGAAAUUAUUCAGACGAUAAAGUUUACUUCGAAAGUGAACUGGAAGAGAUAGUUGAACGUAUCCGCACACCUACCCACGCAAGCGAAGGUGGGAUCCCAAAGUGUAAGAAAAGCACUCCCUUUGUACUAGAACAUAAGGUUAUUGCAGCAGAGCCCGAACCGAAAUCAUUUGAUUUUAGACCAAGAAAGAAACGUAAAACGAAAGAGGAACCAUUACCCCUCAUAAGCGGUCUAAGAAGAAGUGCAAAUGUGUCAGAAAUAGUCAACAGGCUGUAUACGCCUCAAAAGAGAACUGCAACUGCAUGUACUCCAGUUUCUUAUCCAACUGCUCGUUGAACUUGGGUGAAAUGUACCGUCGUGUUCAUUGAAAUCGAAUCAUUGAAACUUUUGCGGUUUUAUCGCUAGUCAAAUUGUUCCACGCAAACGAUCGUAAAAGACAAAGUUGGGCUCAACACAUUAAGGCAUUUUCAGUUUUAGAUUUGUGAGGUACAAUACAUAAAGGGAUGUGGUCAGUUUCCACUGGUGCAUGGUGUGAAAAGAUCCUAUAUACCUUUCUAGUCAUUAACUGACUUUGAAUAGUGUUGCAAUAUCUUAUGCAUGUAAUAAAAGCAAG